AUGUGGAGCUUGUCCUCUUACAAGCCUGGAUGCGGCGUGCAAGCCCUGAGGAACGAUGAUGUGGAGACGAGCUGGCACUCCGACGGCACGCAACCUCAUCUCAUCAAUAUCCAAUUCUCAAAGAGCACUAUGCUCACCCACAUCUCUUUGCACCUGAAUCACUCGCUGGACGACAGCUAUACGCCUAGCAAGAUCCUUAUCAGGGCUGGUACGCACUACCACGAUCUAGUCGACGUUCGUACUCGAACACUGGACAAGCCGGUAGGCUGGUAUCACUUUGCCUUCUUGUGCGUUGCUCACCAUCAUAUCGUGCUUCGACAGCCCAUACAAGCUUACCUGCUGCAGGUGUGCAUUCAGCAGUGUCAUCUGAACGGCAAAGACACGCACGUGCGAGGGCUUAAAGUGUGGGGACCAGCUUCAACUUCUACCAGAAUCUCAUCCAGAUCGGGCGAUCACUCGACUUCGACUACUAGCCUCCGAUCCCUGCGCACGGGUCAAGAUACAGGCAUGGGCUUUCGCAGUUCAGGCUUUUCGAACAUGGUAGAGUCGAGCAGAACGUAUGAUCAGCUUCGGGGCGGAGAGCCGCACCUCGCUACUUCCACAUCCACCACUUCGGAUGCGAAAAGGAGAGCUAUGAAUGCUCAGUCUUUGGAUAGAAGGAGGUUGAGGGAUAGAGCAAAAGAGGCGCUUGAUCUGCUGGAUAGGCACGAGAUUCGAGAUGGGGAUCUGGAGAGCUUGGUGGAUGACGAAGAGCAGGAGCAGAGUCAGACGGAUGAAGAUGAUGAGACGAGUGUGGAGCAAAAAGGCGCACGAGGAAAUUUCGUGAUCGGCCAGAAUCAGAGGCGUACGGCGCCGAGUAGAGAAGCUCAAGAUGUCGGUCUCGACCUGAAUGGCUACAGGACAGAGGCUCUUGCAAGGGCCAGGAGGAGAGAUUUUGGAAGCGUCGACAUUAGAUGAAGUUGCAAUGUGCUUUUGGUUCAGCAUCGCGAGAUUGGAACACUUGAUCGCGAAACGAGAGGGAACUUGACAAGAAUCUGGAUGGAAACCCUCGAGAUGGGCAUGAAAGAGCAUGUGAACAUUUCGAAGAAGCGCGAAAAGAAUCGUGCAAGGCACUCGUAGACGCCAAAGAAAACUCGGCUUGGGUCGCGCAGGCUCUUGUUGCGAAGCGAUGGACCUGGGAAGAGGCGCUGCGCUGCGUGGCGUCCUAGGUCGAUGCGCUAAACAAGUCAGCCGACAUU